UAUUACAGCUACCCCACCAUCCAUUGCAUCGCCUCACCCACAACCUCAUUCACCAUGGCUACACCAAACACACAUCUUCAAGCAUGGGCUCUCCCACGUCUAAAAGCUCUGAUAGACUACCUUACAGACGAAGAUUUGCUACAGGCCAUUACCUACAGCGCCUCGCUCCCGGACGCUGUCCAAGCCGCAGACAACUUCAAGAGCAUGCUUGGAGAAACCGAUGAAACCCUCACAUUCAUCUCGGACUUCAACAGCCGCGCCUUCCCCCCAUCGCAGCCAGCAGCUCCCACUCCAACUCCAGCCCAGGGAGGUCGUGGCGGUGGCCGUGGUAGAAAACGAGGAGGGAAAGCGAUCAACCACUACAAGCAAGAGCCACGGCGCGCGAAUGACGGACAGGAAGCACUCUUCGCGAAUCCGCAGGGUGUCUACAACAAGAAAGACAACGAUCUAGAAGACGAGUACUACACCGGAUCACGCAAGGCGACGCCGACGGGUUCGCUAAAACCCACCCCCACGAGCUCCGCGAGACCCUCGCCGUCGUCAAGUUCUACCAACCUCGUCUCGACGUCAUCUUACGCCGCGGUCUCGAAGCCCCCGACGCAGGGAAAACUAACUUCCGACCUCGUCGACAAGAAGCCGAAGCCUGCUCCCGCCGCAGCAAAAUCAAAGCAGGAGAAAUAUGUCUACACAACCUCGGGCGGCACGGCGAUGCGUGGCGCCACGGCCGAGCUUACCGAUCUCGAGUCGGCGCUGCGGGCUCUCGAGAUGUCGACGAAUCCUACGCUCAACAAUCGCACCCGCAAGUUGUGUCCCUGUCAGGGCCUUACGCACGAGGUGCUGCAGGCUGCACCGAAUUGUUUAGCGUGCGGAAAGAUCAUCUGUUUGAAGGAGGGACUGGGACCGUGUACUUUCUGUGGUGCACCGCUGUUGUCCCCGGAUGAAGUGCAAGACAUGGUACGCUCGUUACGUGAGGAGGCCGGCAAGGAGAAAAUGGCCAUCAAUGCGUCGCAGAAUAAGCGCGCGGAGGUGUCCAAGACCCCCCGGCCGUUCUCUGCGGCACCAGAGGUGGGGAGGGCGGAUGAUGAGAGCUUGAGGAAGGCGCAGGAGCACCGUGAUCGCCUGCUUGGUUUCCAGGCGACGAGUGCCCAGAGGACGAGGAUCAUCGAUCAAGCUGCGGACUUUGAGACCCCGCUGACGGCUGGCGGCUUGAAUCAAUGGGCCACUCCUGCCGAGCGCGCGCUACAGUUGAAACGACAGCAGAAGCAGAUGCGGUUGGUUCAGUGGAGUGCGAAGGAGAAGUAUGAGAAGCAGAGGGUUGUCGUGGCAAUUGACCUCAGUGGGAAGAAGGUGGUCAGACAGAUGCAGGAUAUUGAGCCACCCUCGGAUUCGGAAGAGGAGGUGGGGCAAGAGACGGAGUACGAUCACUCGAUCUCGCGCGGCGGGAAGGGGAAGGAGAAGGCUGGCAGUGGUGGUAUGUACGCGAGGAACCCGCUGCUCAAAGGGUUGAUCAAGCCUGUGUAUGAGGCGAAGAAGGGGUCGAAGAAGGAGAUGCACGAUGCUCUUGCGGCCAGGGGCACGGGCUGGAGGAGGGUGCAGGAUGAUCUGGCGGAUAAUGAGAGAGUCAUCCUCGAUGGCGGAGUGCGGGGCAUCCAAGGCGAUAAGGGAGAUGAGAUUCCCUGUGGAUAAGCGCGAAGGAUGUUGUACCCGUCUUGUUUGGCCUGGCCAAUUGUGCAAUGCAUCUGUCUAUCAACAAAGUAAUU